CGUCGAUUUCGCUGCUGGUAACCACGCACGACGGUCGUCGUCUACGGUCUACUCUACUGUGCUGUCUCGUUUCGGUUCGAUCCGCGGAUAGAGGUGGCAAACGACGUUACGGGAAAACUCCGGAAUCGUGGAUACAAUAGUGCUAAAUAGUUUACGGGUGCUUGCGGAAAAGCUUGAUAGCUAAUCGCAUCCUCGGUCGGUGAGAAAUUAAAAUUGAAAUCGGAUAAGAAUUCCAGGCAAAGGAAAAAUUGGUCGCUGCUGCCGCAGCAGCAGCUAGCAGUGAGUGUGUGUGUGAGUGUGAAAAAAUGUGAAUCAUUUUCGCACUGGAGAAGAUUCGUGUUCCCCGUGAAAAAUCCGUCUUUUCUGCUGACCCGAGUGAAAUCGGGAUGGGGAGGAAAAAAGUGGUCCCCUGAUUUGAUCGAAGCAAAGUAGCAUAAUCUCGAAAAUGAAGCCAUAGUAUUACGAUGAAGAAAAAAUCUUGAAAUUUGCGUGGAAAAAUAAUGCAAAGGUGCUGUUCCGGAGGAAGUGAAAUCAAGUGGAUAGUUCCUCCCGCAGCGGAAGUCUGCUGCGGAAAGGAAAGGCAGUGAAUAUGGUGUAGGUUGUAGAAUGUGAGAAGAAGCCGUGUUUUGUGGCUCUGUACACGUGUGUCCAUUCGGCUAGUGGAGUUAGAAAAAGACCCCGUGCGGAGCUCACCUGGAAAACAUUGGGGCACGGUUUUGUGUAACCUUCGGGACCCGACCCCGUCUCCGUUGUGGUUUGUUCGGGGCGUGUUGCAUUCCGAGCAACGACGAUAUCUUCUAGUGUGGCAGCGGACAACAUCGAGCUGCCGGUAGUCAGAAUGGCGGACCUUACGAGGCCGCCCUAUUGCGACAUCAAACGACCGGAGGAAGUGGUGAAAAUGACGAUGACGGACAAUCUCAAGUUCGCCGUCCUGAUCGGGCUCAUCGAGGUCGGCCAGGUCUCGAACCGGGAGGUGCUGAACACCGUUCUGCAUCUGCUGGUCGGCGGCGAAUUCGACAUGGAGCUGAACUUUGUCGUCCAGGAUGCACAGAACGUGAAACACAUGCUCGAACUGCUGGACCACUGUCCGGCUAAUCUGCAGGCCGAGGUGUGGAGCGUGUUCAUCGCUAUCCUGAAGAAGAGCGUCCGGAAUCUGCAGGCUUGCACCGAGAUCGGACUGAUCGAACACGUGCUGGCGAGGUUGGCCAAAGCGGAACCGAUCGUUGCCGAUCUGCUCAUCGAAAUGCUAGGGGUCCUGGCCAGCUAUAGCAUCACGGUGAAGGAACUGAAGCUGCUGUUCGGUGCCAUGAAGGCACUCAACGGUAAGUGGCCUCGCCAUUCGGCCAAGUUGCUCAACGUGCUCAAGCAGAUGCCGCAUCGGAACGGACCGGAUGUGUUUUUCAGUUUCCCGGGACGAAAGGGAUCGGCAAUCGUACUGCCGCCCUUGGCGAAGUGGCCAUACGAAAGUGGGUUCACCUUCACCACCUGGUUCCGGCUAGAUCCGAUCAAUUCGGUCAAUAUUGAACGGGAGAAGCCUUAUCUGUACUGCUUCAAAACGUCCAAAGGCGUCGGCUAUACGGCUCACUUCGUCGGCAACUGUCUGGUGCUAACCUCGAUGAAGGUCAAAGGCAAGGGUUUCCAGCACUGCGUCAAGUACGAGUUCCAGCCGCGCAAGUGGUACAUGAUCGCGAUCGUGUACAUCUACAACCGCUGGACCAAGAGUGAGAUCAAGUGCCUGGUCAACGGUCAGCUUGCCUCCAGCACCGAAAUGGCCUGGUUCGUUUCGACCAACGAUCCAUUCGACAAGUGCUACAUCGGUGCCACCCCGGAACUGGACGAGGAACGAGUGUUCUGCGGCCAGAUGGCCGCCAUCUAUCUGUUCAGCGAAGCACUGACGACGCAGCAGAUCUGCGCCAUGCAUCGACUCGGGCCCGGCUAUAAGUCCCAGUUCCGGUUCGACAACGAGUGCUACCUGAACCUACCGGACAACCACAAGCGGGUGAGUCACGAGUCCUUCUCGUUGCUGCUAUCCUCGUCUUCGUCGUCGUCGGCGGUGGGGGGUGCUGCUAGCGCAUCCUCUUCCCUGUCGCCAACGCCACCGGCUCCGAUCGAAUCCAACAUCCAUCGGAAUCUGGCCGCCAAUGUUGCAAGUGCCAGUGCCAACGCCUCCGGAUCCACCUCCGCCAACGCUAGUUCUAGUUCCGCUAGUUCCUCUUCGCUGGUUAGCAGUGCUGCCAUCGCGGCCAGUGCUGCUGCUUCCGGUGGCAGUGCUGGCAGCGACGGCACAGCGCUCGAUGCUGCCGGCGAAAUGUUUGAUUUUGCAUCUGUCCUGUAUGAUGGCAAACUAUCCAGUGCGAUCGUGUUCAUGUACAAUCCCGUCGCAACGGAUGGCCAACUGUGUCUACAAUCAGCCCCGAAAGGCAACCUGUCCUACUUUGUUCACACGCCGCAUUCGCUGAUGCUUCAGGACGUCAAAGCGGUGGUCACCCACUCGAUUCACUGCACGCUCAACUCGAUCGGUGGCAUUCAGGUGCUGUUUCCACUGUUCUCCCAACUGGACAUGCCGUACGAAGGUACCGACGUCAAGAAGGAUCCCACGCUGUGCGCCAAACUACUCGGAUUCAUCUGCGAAUUGGUGGAAAGUUCGCAAACCGUUCAACAACACAUGAUUCAGAACCGUGGCUUCCUAGUGAUCUCAUUCAUGCUGCAACGUUCCUCCCGCGAUCAUCUGACCUCGGAGGUACUGGGCUCGUUUCUGAGUCUCACCAAGUAUCUGGUGACCUGCCUAUCGGCCAACUCGGAUCUUCUGCUGAAACAGCUCUUCUGUUUCUCUUUCCUUACCUGGCAGCUACUAGAUCACGUCCUGUUCAACCCAUCGCUCUGGAUCUACACACCGGCCACGGUACAGGCCCGCCUAUACGCCUACCUGGCGACGGAGUUCCUCAGCGACACCCAGAUCUACAGCAACGUGCGACGGGUGAGCACCGUACUGCAAACGGUUCACACGCUCAAAUUCUACUACUGGGUCGUAAACCCCCGGGCCAAGUCCGGUAUUACGCCGAAGGGACUGGAUGGACCCCGACCCGCCCAGAAGGACAUUCUAGCGAUUCGGGCGUACAUUCUGCUCUUCCUCAAACAGCUGAUCAUGAUCGGUAAUGGAGUGAAGGAUGAUGAGUUGCAGAGUAUCCUGAACUAUCUGAUGACAAUGCACGAGGACGAAAAUCUGCACGACGUACUGCAGAUGUUGAUAUCGCUGAUGUCCGAACACCCGAGCUCGAUGGUGCCGGCUUUCGAUGUGAAACAUGGUGUCCGUACGAUUUUUAAGUUGCUGGCGGCGGAAAGUCAAUUGAUUCGACUGCAGGCACUGAAAUUGCUUGGCUUCUUUCUGUCCCGUAGCACCCAUAAAAGAAAAUACGACGUAAUGUCCCCUCACAACCUAUACACCCUACUGGCGGAGCGGCUGCUACUGUACGAGGAAUCGCUCUCGCUGCCGACCUACAACGUGCUGUACGAAAUCAUGACCGAGCACAUCUCACAGCAGAUUCUGUACGCGAAACACCCGGAACCGGAAAGUCACUACCGGCUGGAAAAUCCGAUGAUCCUGAAGGUGGUCGCCACACUGAUCCGUCAGUCGAAACAAAGCGAACAGUUGCUGGAGGUGAAGAAACUGUUCCUUUCCGAUAUGACCCUACUGUGUAACAAUAACCGGGAGAAUCGUCGUACGGUACUGCAGAUGAGCGUCUGGCAGGAGUGGUUGAUUGCGAUGGCGUACAUACACCCGAAGAACUCGGAGGAACAGAAACUGUCGGAUAUGGUUUACUCGCUGUUUCGGAUGCUGUUGCAUCAUGCGAUCAAGUAUGAGUACGGCGGUUGGAGGGUUUGGGUCGAUACGUUGGCGAUCGUUCACUCGAAGGUGUCGUAUGAGGAGUUUAAGUUGCAGUUUGCGCAGAUGUAUGAACACUACGAGAAGCAUCGGACGGAUAACAUUACGGAUCCGGCGCUGAGGCAGCAAAGGCCGAUCAGUACGAUCAGCGGUUGGGAGCGGGGUGCCGGUGGGACGGGGGAUAGAGGAGGGGGUGAUGAUGGUGGUGGUGGAGGGCAGGGAAAGGAGGAAGUUGCGGCUAUAAAAGCAGCCACGAAGAAGUGUAUCUGUGCACCGGAGGAGGAGGAGGAGGAGGAAGCUGGUGAAGAGGGUAAGAGCAAACUGAGGGGAGUGUUGGAAAAUGGUCACGAGGGUGAGGAAGACGAAGAGGAAGAGUUAGAGGAAGAGGAGGAAGAAUUGGAAGAAGAACAAGGUGAGGAGUUGGAGGAGGAAGAAGAAGAACUGUCGCAGAGUGAGCUGAAGAGGGCACUGGAGAUUGGAUCGUUGAAGGAUAGUCAAAGUGUGUCGGAGAUGGUGGUGGAAGGGAUAGUUGAGGAGAUCAUUAGCAAGUCGGAAAAUUUGAUGAAUCAAUCGGAGGAAAUUCAGGAUUCCAGUUCGGAGCAGGCGACAUCGUCACCGGUGAUCAAGGACGAGGAAAUCGAACUGGCAGUGAACGAAGUGGUCAAGGGGGUGCUAUCGCUGAAGACUUCCAGCAUGGCACCAGCUACGGAAAGCGAAGACACGUUGAACAACAAUAACAGUACAGAAGACAGUGUCCCGCAGAAGACUGAUAGCGUAGCGUCAAGUGCAAUAACUAGUGGUAAUAGCAACAAUUUAAACAAUACUAAUCUAAGUAGCAAUAGCGAAGGUUGCGAAGAAGUGGAACAAAGUGAGGAACAGGUUAGGGCAAUGGUGACCGAGAUAUUGAACGAACUGGUGGAUAAUUGUUUGAGAAGUGAUGAAACUGCUUCGAACGAAAAUGACGUCCAACCGAUGGAAACUGAUCGAAGCGAUGUUGAAGCACAUGUCCAGGAGGUAGUUGAUUCAAUCAUUUCCGACGCUGUGAUGAGAGCGGAGCAGAUCUCCACCCCGGAACCGAUCGACGAAAACGAACAGAUGAGUACUGAAUCCAGUCCAGAGAAACAGCUCUCGAUUAUGAAGCUAGAUACUGUUUCGGCGGAAAUCGCCCGAACGGAAUCCUCUAGCGAACCCAAACAAGAUCUUGACUACGAAGAACCGGAAGAUGAAGAGGACGACGAGGAAAGUGAAGUUCCCGAUACUCCGGUAACGGUAGCUACUGUAAUCGAACAAGAUUCGGUCGCGUCAAGCAACGCAAUUCAAUCAACCAUUCUCCCAUCAACCGCCAAGAAGACGGCAGUGAAUGCCUCAACUAGCACCACUACCGAUUCCCCGCCGGUUCUCUACGAAUCCGGCGUUGUUGGAGCUGCCGCAAAACAGCACCGCUCUAAAUCCACAUCAAACCGUCCAAUGUUCUCGCCGGGACCAACCCGGCCCCCGUUCCGGAUACCGGAGUUCAAGUGGUCCUACAUCCACCAGCGUCUACUGUCGGAUGUGCUGUUCUCCCUGGAAACCGACAUCCAGGUGUGGAGAUCCCACUCCACCAAGAGUGUUCUAGAUUUCGUAAAUUCUGCCGAAAACGCAAUCUUCGUUGUGAACACCGUUCAUCUAAUCUCGCAGCUAGCCGACAAUCUGAUCAUCGCUUGCGGCGGUCUUCUGCCGCUGCUCGCCAGUGCGACGUCUCCUAACUCCGAACUCGACGUCCUGGAACCCACCCAGGGUAUGCCACUGGACGUAGCCGUAUCCUUCCUGCAGCGUCUGGUCAACAUGGCCGACGUACUGAUCUUCGCCAGCUCGCUAAACUUCGGUGAACUCGAAGCGGAGAAAAACAUGUCCAGCGGUGGCAUUCUACGUCAGUGUCUCCGACUGGUCUGCACCUGUGCUGUUCGCAACUGUCUCGAGUGUAAGGAACGAACGCGUGGUCUCUACAACGGUAUGUCACUGAAGGACAUCCCGGGCGGGGCACAUCUACAGGCUCUGAUCCGAGGUGCCCAGACUACUUCGAAGACAAUCAUCGAGUCGCUGUCGGGGCCGAUGAGCCCGGUGAAGGAUCCGGAGAAGUUACUGCAGGACAUGGACAUCAAUCGGUUGCGGGCGGUUAUCUACCGGGAUGUGAAACGUUUGUUCCAGGAGGAAACCAAGCAGGCCCAGUUCCUCUCGCUGGCCAUCGUGUACUUCAUCUCGGUGCUGAUGGUGUCCAAGUACCGGGACAUUCUGGAGCCCCCGCCGGAGCUGCAGAUUCAUCGGAAUUCGUCGCCGGUUUUGCAACGUUCCACCCCCACGCAAGACUCCAGCAAUCGUCCGCUGUUCCCGCAAUGGUCGCACCACGUCUAUCCACAGUUCCUACCAGGUUCCCACCCGAGCCACCAGACGGUGCCAUCGUCGUCACUGGCUGUUGCUGCAGCCGCUGCUGCUGCCGCCGCCGCCGCCGCCGGUAACACCACCACCAACCAAGGCUCGCAGCAACUGAUGAGCUCAUCCUCUUCGAUAGCCCUCGGAUCGGUUCAGAACUCUGCCAACCUGCAAAUGAUGCACCAUGGUAGCAACAAUACCAUAACCUCUUCGUCCUCGCAGACGACUUCGUCGUCGUCCUCAUCGGGACUGAUACACGGUGGCAACAGCAACAACAACAAUAAUAACAACAGCAACAACAAUGGGCUGAUGAGUGCCCCCGUUUUGAACGGGCCAAUGAUCCCGAUCGGUGCCUACAACGGCAAUGGCUAUCCAGGCGAUAUGGUUAAUUGUUACGGACCGGGACCGACCGGUCAUCAUCACCAUCAACAGCAACAGCAGCAGCACAAUCUUACUAAUAACAAUUCACUUACGGCGGCGUUGAGUCCCGGUGGCGGUGUCGGCAGUCAAUACGGUCAAAGUCAUCUACGUACAUCCGGUCGAACCGUCGGCGCCGGUGGACUGAACAAUGGUCUGAUUGGCCACCCGGCGACGGCGGCCAAGCUCGGCAAAGGACUCAAUAACGGUGAUAGUCAUGUUUAUCAUUGUAACGGUAUGACAGGAAACCGCUCGCUGCAGGACGGAGACUACGAGGUGAUCGUGGUGGACGAGAACAACUCCUCGGUGAUUGCCGAUAAUGAUUCGCACUCGAGUGGACCCCUCUCGAUUAAGGCAACAACCUCCAUCUACGGAUCAUCACCGACCGCGCCCGGUAGCCCGAAUGGUGGCAACAAGAACAACACUAACAUCACCACUAACACUAGGUAUCCUGCUACAACUACCACUAUUACUACUACUAGCAUAAGUACGAUCCAAGAUCAGCCUCCGUCGUCAACGAUUGAACGAAGACAAUCGCAGCCAUGGCCGUCGAAGAGCGUAGACUCGGACGCCGCCUCGCUGAAUCUGAACUCGACCGAAAAUGACGCCCCGGAGGUGGAAACGUCCAGCGAAAUCAUGCCGGACGAUCACAAACCGAUCAACUCGAACGACGAAAGCUGGACGGAUGUGAAUCUAAACGAUGACGGUCCAGCCGAAUCGUCCGUCAUCGUGCCGAACAGUAAAUCGAUUAUGCGAGGCGUAGCUCCCGAUUCGGUGGUUACUGCCGUCGGACAGCAGCUAUCCUCCUCUUCGUCCAUUCCGAGCGGAGGAGUCGGAGAUCACGCGAGCAAACUCGAAUCGGACAUUUCGGUGGUACGCGUUCCCGAUAACUAUCAAUCGUCGUCGUCCUCGGUUGGACGGGGUCGUCCGGAGGAUCUUAGCCUGAAAGCGCCCUUCGUCGGUCAGAUACCGAUGGCGCUUCCCUCGCGGGAAGCAAGUCUCACGCAGAAGUUGGAGAUUGCCCUCGGACCGGUGUGUCCGCUACUGCGCGAGAUUAUGGUUGACUUUGCUCCGUUCCUUUCCAAAACGCUGGUCGGUUCGCACGGUCAGGAGCUGCUGAUGGAGGGUAAGGGGCUGACGACGUUCAAGAAUAGCCACUCGGUCGUGGAGCUGGUUAUGCUGUUGUGUUCACAGGAGUGGCAGAACAGUUUGCAGAAGCACGCCGGACUGGCGUUCAUUGAGCUGAUCAACGAGGGUCGACUGUUGUCGCAUGCGAUGAAAGAUCACAUCGUUCGAGUUGCCAACGAAGCGGAGUUCAUUCUGAAUCGGAUGCGAGCCGACGAUGUGUUGAAACAUGCCGACUUUGAGUCACAGUGUGCGCAGACUCUGCUGGAGAGACGGGAAGAGGAACGAAUGUGUGAUCAUCUGAUUACAGCGGCUAGAAGGAGAGAUAACGUGAUCGCUAGCAGGCUACUCGAAAAAGUUAGAAACAUAAUGGGAAAUCGGCAUGGUGCUUGGGGUGAUAGUAGCUUAGGCUACCAGAAGCACAUAUUCUGGAAGUUGGACGCCUGGGAAGAUGAUGCUAGAAGACGGAAACGCAUGGUUCAGAACCCGAGAGGUUCCAGUCAUCCGCAGGCAACUCUGAAGGCAUCCCUGGAGAACGGAGGUAACGAAGAAGCUCGCGAGGCAGCUCGAGAUGGAAUCUACUCGCAAAUUGCUGUGCCACGCUCACAGCAACCCGAUCUGCUCGAUGACUCGGAACUGCUGAUCGAGGACCGAGAACUCGACCUGGACCUAACGGGGCCAGUCAACAUCAGCACUAAGGCGAAACUGAUCGCCCCCGGGCUGGUCGCGUCCGGAACAAUGUCAAUUACUUCCACCGAGAUGUACUUCGAGGUGGACGAGGAAAACUCCGAAUUUCAAGGUGUCGAUCAGGAGGUUCUGAAAUACUGUGAUCAUCUGCACGGAAAGUGGUACUUCUCCGAGAUUCGUGCAAUCUUUUCCCGUCGAUACCUGCUGCAGAAUGUGGCCCUGGAAAUUUUCCUCGCCAGUCGCACAUCGAUUCUGUUCGCCUUUCCCGAUCAGCACACGGUUAAGAAGGUGAUCAAAGCACUGCCUCGCGUUGGUGUCGGGAUCAAGUACGGCAUUCCGCAAACGCGUCGAGCUUCGAUGAUGUCCCCGCGGCAGCUGAUGCGCAACUCCAACAUGACUCAGAAGUGGCAACGUCGUGAAAUCUCCAACUUUGAGUAUCUAAUGUUCCUGAACACGAUCGCCGGUCGGACGUAUAAUGACUUGAACCAGUAUCCGGUGUUUCCGUGGGUACUCACCAACUACGAAUCGCGCGAGUUGGAUCUUAGUCAACCGUCUAACUAUCGGGAUCUAUCGAAACCGAUCGGUGCGUUGAAUCCUUCGAGACGAGAAUACUUCGAAGAACGAUAUGAAAGCUGGGACACUCCAGGCAUUCCUCCGUUUCACUAUGGUACCCACUACUCCACGUCAGCGUUCGUUCUAAACUGGCUGAUUCGCAUCGAGCCGUUCACGGCAAUGUUCCUAGCGUUACAAGGCGGAAAAUUUGAUCACGCGGAUCGGUUGUUCUCUUCAAUCGCACUUUCCUGGAAGAACUGUCAGCGAGAUACGUCGGAUGUGAAAGAACUUAUUCCGGAGUGGUAUUUCCUACCGGAAAUGUUCUACAACGCCUCGGACUACCGCUUGGGGCAACGUGAGGACGGUAGUAACGUGGGAGACGUUGAGCUUCCGCCGUGGGCAAAAACCCCAGAAGAGUUCGUCCGUAUCAACCGUAUGGCUCUGGAGUCGGAGUUCGUUUCGUGUCAAUUGCAUCAGUGGAUCGAUCUGAUCUUCGGCUACAAACAGCGUGGUCCGGAAGCUAUGCGUGCCACCAACGUGUUCUACUACCUCACCUACGAGGGUAGUGUAGAUUUGGACACAAUAACCGAUCCGGUCACCCGGGAAGCGAUCGAAAACCAGAUCAAGAACUUCGGUCAAACUCCAAGUCUGCUGCUGAUGGAACCUCAUCCGCCGCGGAGUUCGGCAAUGCAUCUCUCGCCGAUGAUGUUCAACACCAUGCCGGAUGACGUUUGCAUGUCGCUCAAGUUCCACCUGAACUCGCCGAUCAUUCACAUCUCGGCCAACACCUACCCCCAGCUGCCGUUGCCUUCGGUUGUGACUGUAACGGCGGGACAUCAGUUCGCGGUAAACCGCUGGAACUGUCAGUACACUGCUAGUAUUCAGAGUCCGAGUUAUGCUGAAUCGUCGCAGAACGUCAAUGCCAAUCUGCCGCUGGCGAUGGAUCCGCUGCUUUCUCAAAUCAACGGCCACAACAACAGCCAGCAGCAGAACCGUCGCCAUCUGGGCGACAACUUCAGCCAGAAGCUACGAAUCAAAUCGAACUGCUACGUGACGACCGUCGACAGCCGGUUUCUGAUCGCGUGCGGUUUCUGGGACAACAGUUUCCGGGUGUUCUCCACCGAGACGGCCAAGAUCGUGCAGAUCAUCUUCGGCCACUUUGACGUGGUGACGUGCCUGUCCCGGUCGGAGUGUAACAUCACCUCGGAUUGCUACAUCGCGUCCGGGUCGGCCGAUUGUACGAUACUGCUGUGGCACUGGAACGCGCGCACGCAGAGCAUCGUUGGCGAGGGGGAGAUUCCAACUCCUCGGGCAACGCUAACCGGGCAUGAGACCUCGGUGACCUCGGUUGUGAUUAGUGCCGAACUUGGUUUGGUCGUUUCCGGAUCGAUUAAUGGUCCUGUGUUGGUACACACCACCUUCGGGGAUUUGCUGCGUUCAUUGGAGGCACCGAAAGAUUUCAUCUCACCGGAGAAUAUUACCCUGUCCCGGGAGGGCUUCAUCGUGGUUAACUAUGACGAUGGUAACGUGGCUGCGUACACGAUCAACGGGAAAUUGUUGCGACAUGAGUCACACAACGAUAACCUGCAGUGUAUGCUACUAUCGAGAGACGGCGAAUAUCUGAUGACGGCCGGAAACAAGGGCAUCGUCGAGGUUUGGCGAACCUUCAAUCUGGCUCCGCUGUACGCCUUCCCAGCGUGCAAUAGCGGAAUUCGUUCGCUGGCGCUUACCCACGAUCAGAAAUACCUUCUGGCCGGACUAGCCACCGGUUCGAUCAUCGUGUUCCACAUCGACUUUAACCGCUGGCACCACGAGUACCAGCAGCGCUACUGAAAUUCGUCCCUCCGGUAUGUUUCGAUGACGCGCGAAGGUGAAGCGGAACUGCAAUACCGACAACAGCCACAGUCGUCGACGUCGUCAUCGUCGUUGUCGCAUCGAAAUUUGUCGUCGGCCACUCGUCAUCAUCGUCGUCGCAGUAGUGCCGGCAGCAGCAGUUCCGACGUGACGGUGUACUAAGUAGGUACAGUAGGCCUCCGCGUCCUCGGUGUGGUAAGUGUCAACAACGUGUACUAUUAGAUAGUUAGAGAGUUUUUAAUCAAUCAGUCAAAGUUGGAAAAGUGGCCAAAUCCUCGUUAGUGGAACGAGAGAGAGAGUAUGAGGGGAAGGGGAGGGAAUAAAAUUGUUACUUAUUAUCUAUAAAGAAAAUCUACGCUUCAAACUGCGUAACAUUGUGCUAGAGACAAGCUUUUAACGGUUUAAAAAAAUCAGCGAAAAUGCUCAGCUUUUUCGCAUUGUUGUGAGAGGAGAAUAAAUAGGGGGCAAGGGGAAACAAAUGUUCAGUAGGCUACAAAAAAACGGCAUGCUUCGACACAAAGUAGUAAAUAAUAAAGCAAACAUGUUAGCCAGUAAGAGCAAAAUCUACUUUAUCGACGGAAACGGAAAAUUGUUCGCACAGAUGAGCACGCAAACAAACACAUACAUGUAUCAUUGUGAGCCGCAAAAAAAAAAUACUUUAACGGUUAGAGACAGCUUAAAACGAAGCGAUUGCGCUGGAAACGAUGCCAAAUUCGAUGUAUUCAUGAUCACAGCUCAAAAAGUCAGCUGUCCGACGGUCAACACAGAACAUUCCUUUUUAAACGCAUUUAUCCGGUUCGAAGAGAAUCGAGCUAAAACCACCACAAUUUUACUAGAUUGAGGGGUAGUCGAGGGAGAGACGGGGAGAGUGCUGAAAAAACCACGUAUGCCAAAUGUAAAAUUUUUAAAAACUGGAGGAAUAAUAAUCAAAGGACGAACAAACGGAACUUUAGAGGUUUAGAGCCUUGCCAGUGUUGUAAACAGUAAAUUCAAAAAAAAAAUAAUUAAAAUAAACCAGUUUAAAGUACUUCUGAAGGUUAUCCGUCCGCAAAUAUUUACAUUAAUCUUAAUAUUUAACGACAAAAAAUAAAUCGAGCACUUUACCGUAGCACUUUUUAAAAACCACUGCUACUAAAUUUUUCGUUGGAUUUGUUUUUUUUUUUGAAAAUACGCUAGAAAGCAACAUAAACUAGUAUACACAUAUGAUAGGAGCGAGACAAGACGCACCUGGAACAACUAUUCACGUGCCAAGCAUUUUUGAGAAUUUUCUGUUUACCCUGCCUUUGCAUCCAUGUUUUUUUCUUAAUUCAAAAUUAUGGGAGCGUAUAAUCUUCCGUCCAAAUCUGCUAGAGUUUGGUUUUCACUGUGUCACACACACAAGACUAACAUCAACGAACCUGACACCACCACCACCACAAUUAUUAUAGUUGCUCAAAGUGUGUUCUCUGUGUGUACGCGCCGCCAUGCGAAAAUUUAUCGUCCUUUGCUAGUUGGUUUGAUUACGUCGAGCAAAGCAGGCUCUGACAUCAUUCUGCUGUGGUGACUUUACUUUUUUAUACUUGGAAGCUAUAUUAUGUACUUAAAAGAAAGACUACUAGUCCCCCCUCUUGUUAAGAUUGCUUAAUUUUUACCAGAUUUCGUCCAAAUUUUACUGUGCUAAUUCGAAACAUUCCGGCCCCCGAAUGAAAAUUAAAAUUAAAAAAAACGAAACGAAAUGCUCAUAACCGCGCACAGGUUUGCAUAGAAUUAAAAUUCAAAAUCCCACCCUGCUUUUUCUUGGGGCUUAACGUUAUGGUUUUUUUUCCUAGACUGAAUAGAGAGAGAGAUAGAGAGAAUGUUUUUUUUCCUCUUCUGUUAAAUGUUGGAAAUGUGGUACACGAAAACAUGUAAACAAGUACUUAAUUUUCGAUAAGCAUUACUAGUUUUAUUCGUUAGUCACUUCACUAGAAUUUAAGUCGGUGUUGGUGUAAAUUUAGACGAGUGAAUUUAGAUUAAAUCCCAAAAAUUAACAAUUUUGAUGUGGAAACUUAGCUAGUUUUAUUGAUGAAAACGACGAUGGUGGAAGAAAGAUCAAAAACAGGCUUGAAGUACGCACGCUAUUUUUCUGCGAUUGUUUUGUACACUUCACACGCUACCGUUAGUAAAAUCCUGCAAUGUAGCUGAAAGUGCGCACCGUUGCAAAAUGAGAAAAAUAAAACUUUACAGUUAAUAUUAAAAACAGAAGUAAAAGAGUAAAAGCUAGUAGGUAAAAUAAGUAAAACCCGAAGCACCUCUUUAAAUAAAAUGGCAUUAUUUUAUCAACUAUCAGCUUAAAAUUAAAAGAAAAAGUUGAAAUUUUAAUCACACAGACGGACAGAAGGAAAAUCAUCAUAUGCUCACAAUAAUUUCUAAUCUGCGCAUUUUUAACACAACAGUCACAAGUAUCGUAAAUAUAAAAGAAAAUCGCUAAAAGAGAAUGUAAAAACAUCCCCUAAAUAACGCUUAAAAACAAAGCCGCUAGCAGCAAAGGAAACAAUACAAAUUACAAACAAACAAAACAAAAAAAGAUAAUCCCGCGAUGUUUACCAGCUGUAACAUUUUUUUUCUAAUAAGACGAUAAAUCUAAAUAGUAAACCGCCAGUGUUAAAAAAACAUUCCGUAACUAGAUAAAGCCACGAAACCCUGCAAAAAGCAACCGUUCUCACGUAUAUGCGCAUUAUUAGAGCGAAGCAAAAAAGACGAGAAAAAAAACCAGUAGUGAGUAGUGAAAUGCUGAACUUGAAAUUAACUCGGAACGGCGGCCUGCUUAAGAGGGGGAGUGGUUAACAAUUAUUAUUACACACCUACUACCGCGUCAAGAAUAUGUGGGGAUAUAUUUUGUGAACUAUUAUUGCUACCUUAACAUAACUUAACCUUUAAUCGAUCGAUCGGCUAGACUCAGUGUGUGAGUGGGAAAACUAAUACAGCAACAUCAUCAAUUUACUGGAAUCUAAGCGCGUGUUUGCCGGUUGAAAAAAAAAUAAGAAAAAAAAAGCUAAACAUAAAAAGUAAGCGCGGGGUAAAUUAAACAGUUAAAUUUACCUUAAGAUUUAAAUAAUCACUAGAACGGGGAUCGAGCUAAACCAGUAAGUGAAAAACAAAACACAACACGGGAGAAGAUGAGAAUAUGAUAUGAGAAAUAACAAAGCAAGUCAAAGAAGCGUUGUUACUAAGCCCAAUUUAUUGUACAAUAAAGUAAAUUAAAUUAUAA